AUGGAUAAGUCCUGGAAGAUCUUUGUCAGUGUCCUCCUAUUUGUCUUGUCUCUGGAAAUCUGCUUGGCUCAACACUGGUCUUAUGGCCUGCAACCAGGGGGAAAAAGGAACGCCGAAAACCUGGCAGAAUCGUUUCAAGAGAUUGCAAAUGAAAUGGAAAAAUUAGGGGAAGUGCAGAAGAGAGGCUCGUACCAACGUUCCACGUUCAGUGAUCUGAAGGAAGCCAUGGAAAGUCUGAUCGAAGGAGAAGCUGGACGAAAGAAGAUUUAA